UUGGAAAACCUCCAUUUAAAACUAACCAUUAACCAACUACUAUAUAUACCACGCACACGCGCGCAUUUACUAAGUAAGCUCUUUUGUUAAACGUCCACUUCAAUCAAAUUUGAAGCCCUCCUCCUCUCCCUCUCUUGUUGCGAUGGCGGAUUUUCACGGCGGCGCCGGCGGAGGCAUGGCGGCGGAGGAUUACCAAGAAGAGGAGAUGUGGGCCAUGAUGAAGGCAAGAGAUCAAGGCCCCAAAACAAGAAAGAAUUCGCCCGCCUCAUCCACGUGGCACUUGACCGCCGCCUCCUCCGGCGGCGCUUCUUCGGCGCCCCUCUCCAUCCCCGACUGGUCCAGAAUCUUGAAGAAGAAGCCCAAGAAGGGUGGUGCUGGUGCACACAGCCACCACGGUGAUGUCAUCGACACCGAUGAUGGCGACGGCGACGAUGAGAUGCUUCCGCCGCAUGAGUAUCUGGCAAGGAGGGUGGCGUCGACGCAGAUCGCUUCCUUCUCCAUGUGUGAAGGAGUGGGAAGAACUCUCAAAGGGAGAGAUCUCCGCAACCUCAGAAACGCGAUUUUGACGAAAACGGGUUUCCUUGAAUAGUAGAGUUGCUAUUACUAAUCGCCGUUUUUCUACUUCUUGAGUACAAGUGGGAAAAGGGUCCCAAUAUGGGUUUGGUUUAUGAAAAUAAAAGGGGAGGGAUUUUGCGAGGUAGCAAUGUUUUGGACGUCGGAGUUUGCCUUUUUGGGGGGAUUUUCGUAGCUAGUGCCUAGUACUAGUAUAAAAUUGAAACAAGAAAAAUGUUCAAAGUGGCAGGGCCUAAGAUUUUGUACGGCAAAUUUGCAUUUUUGGAAAAAAUACAAUAUUAGUAGUAGUACUAUUGAUUUGUGUAA